AUGGACGAGUUGUUUAACUGGUGCAGACAGGUUUGUUUGUCCCAUGGCAUUAUUAGCAUCAUUAUUAUGUGGGUGAUUUGGAAAGCACGAAAUGAUUUCAUUUUCAACAACAAGAGAACGACGGUGCAAGAAAGUAUUACUCAGAUUCAGUCGCUGUUGUCCGCGUGCACUGCAGCUUUCGGAACACAUGUUUUGGCCUCUCCUCAUACGGGCACUGCGCGCCUUGUCGCCUGGUCUCGCCCACGUGAAGGUACUGUGUGUCUUAACGUUGACGGAAGUCUCUUAGGAUCGUCAGCAGGUUUUGGUGGUCUUAUUCGCGAUACCAACGGACUGUUCCUUAAAGGCUUUUAUGGCACUACAUCUGAAGCAAGCGUGUUAUUCGCAGAAAUAUUGGCUGUGCUUAACGGGCUUGAUUUAUGUUGGGUGAAUGGCUUUAGAAACAUUGUUUGUUUCUCUGACUCCUUGCAAGCCGUGACUUUGAUUAAAGAGGGGGUGUCACCGCAUCAUCGUUUCGCGAAUGAAAUCCAAAGUAUUCAGCAAUUGAUAAGCAAAGAUUGGAGUGUUGUGAUUGAGCAUACCCUUCGGGAGGGGAAUGCCUGUGCGGAUUGCUUGGCCAAGAUGGGAGCUUCCUCAAACUUGUCGCUUGUGAUUCUUAACACACCCCCGACUGGGUUAUAUGUUGUUUCCGAGGAAUCUCAUGAACUUCUCAAUAGCAUAUCAAUGCUCAUAAUUAGGUCUACUAAAUCUACACAACUGUAUCACGACGUAUGCAAUGUCGGGUCUAGUACAAUUAGUGACAUACCAAAUGCAGUCGGCAAUGCUUUCAUAUUCUGA